UCCAUUAUUCAAAAGUCCAUUUACAGGCUACGUCAUGGAGCUUAUGCUUCAACGUCUCAACAAUGAUGUCAUCAUUAAUCCUCAUUAAUCCGUACCGUUCAUUUUAUUUUGCCGUUGACCAUAUCGACCGUUCAAUGUUAACACCGACGGGCCUAUAAGAGUAUCUUCACAGUUUAGCAAAAUAAAUAUAUCAGCAAAAUAAAUAUUUUCCGGUCUGAACUGUACGACGCCGUUGAAGUUUCUUGUGCCUAACAUGAGCUCGGAGAUGAAAGAGGAACGCCGCGAAGAAGAUAACGGUAAAGCUUGUGGUGAUGAGUACAGAGGGAAAUCGUCAACAGAAGUUGUACGUACGGUGACGGAGGAAGAGGUGGAUGAGUUUUUCAAGAUAUUACGGAGACUACAAGUGGCGACACGGACUGUGGCGAGAGUUAACGGCGGUGACGCUGAACGUGAGUUACCUUCUAAGAAGAGGAAACGGAUUCAGAGUCUUGGCCUGAGGAGCUCAUUAGAUACUAACGAAGUUCAAGAUGGAGAAUCAGAUGGAAUAAAUCGGGUCGGGCUACGGAAUUUGGGUUUGGAUCUUAACUGUCAACCGGAACCCGAAGCAGUUAAAAUAGUGCUACGAGUCUUUAAGUUUGUGAAUAUUCAUAGACAUAAAGGGGGACAGCUCUAUCUUCUCAGAAGGGGGACAUAAAGGGGGACAGCUCUAUCUUGGAGCAGAAGGUAGUAGUAGUAAAGAUAAAACUCCACUUUUGAUAUUUUUUGUUUAUGAUACUUCUAAAAUUUAGGAAAAUUUUGAUUUGAUUGUUCCAAUUGUCUCAAAUGAUGCAGUGUGCAGAUGCUUGAAGAGGAGGUGAGAAUCAGAAGAAACUAAACGCUCACAGGAUUGAUUUUGCGCUCCAUCUAUAUGCACCACUCUCUUUGCAUUAUUUUUUUUCUUUGUUGUUGAUGUUUUUGGAUUGAAGUUUCCUUUAGUCAUAAAGAAUGACUCCCUCUUUUGAAACAAAGUGGAAGAAGAAAUGAUUUUAAUCAUUCUUUUUUUUUUUGCUUGAAUUGCCUACGUUAAUGAUUUGAAACUGUGAUUUACUAUUACGCAAUCAAAGCAAACAUAUUAAUACCUCUCGAUGUCUACUCUACAAACGUAUUUUUUUGAAAUCAUUACAGAAUACCAUAUUUAUAUCAAUCUGCGUAUGAAAAGGAAAGUUAAUAUUCUUAACAAUGCUUCUUUGAACUAAAUAGUGGAACUCUUGCCUAAUACCCUGUUGUAAACGAUUCUCUCAUAAACCUACCUCUUUCUUGCCUAAACCAACAGCUCCUCUCUCCCACCUUCUCACGACUAUUCUCCAGAAGCUCUGUAAGCUAAAUAGAAUCAAUAUUAACUCAACAUAUUAGUAAGCAGGUAUCUGUAUUGACAUAUCUGAUCUGCAGCAAGUUGGUUGCAACAGUCGCUGUUCAAGACUAGAAUGGAUAACACACCCUCCGACCAAGCCACAUCGCUUGCAGAUAAACAAGUCAUCUCCUGCUUCAUUCUCUGCAGUGUUUAAUCGGAAAUAAGCCAUGGCUAAAUCUCAGAACUGAUUCGAAUUGUUCAGCGUAGAAGCUUUUAUACUUUUCGUUGCUUUUAAGCUAGGCUCUACCCUUAAGGUUUAUAAUUGUUUGAGGCCAUUUGUUGCGUUUAUUAUCCUUGCUCCAACA